AUGGAGGUGGACAAGCUGAUACGGUGGAUGCAAGAGCAGGAGGGGAAACGAGAAGCCAGAGAGGUGCAGAGACAGGAACAACUGGCUCAGUUUUUCGGCACACUGGUGACUAAGAUGAUGGCACCAGGGAGUACGGAGGCCACGGUGGCCAGGAUGUUUGCAGUCCAGCCCAAGCUCCUGAAAAUGACGACUGAAGAUGACCCUGAAGCGUUUUUAGAAACGUUUGAAAGAAUGGCGGAGGCAGCAGCUUGGCCAAAAGAGCUGUGGGCAUUGAAACUGGCCCCACUGUUACAAGUAAUACCAGCUGGAGUGGCAGCCUGGGUCCGAAGAAAUCAACCACAGAGCUUGGAGGAAGCUGUUUGCCUGGCAGAGGCCUACCAGGAUGCUGAAGCGGCUGCAGCCCCAUCGGAAGGAAGCUCAGGAAAGAGGACAAAUACAUCUCCUAAGGACAUACAAAAAAAGGUAAACCCCAAAGAGGGUAACCGGAAACCCCCUUUAUGGGUUCCACGGUUAGCUCCUCGGUGGGUAACAGAAAAAACUAGCCCACCAGAGGAAUUCUGGCGGGACAAACCACGGACAUCCCCAGGCCCCAUCAUUUGUUUCAGGUGCGGAGAACCCGGGCACAUCGCGAGGCAAUGUCAGCAGGAGGAGAUUGAACGUAUGGAAGUCGGGGUGGCGCGCAGCAUUGCGUAUGGUCAUGCCGGCCCGGUGAGUGCAGAUCCCUUUGUCAUACCAGUGAGGGUUGAGGGUCAGGAAACCAUCGCUCUGAUAGAUUCAGGUAGCACAGAGACUCUGGCGGUAGAGUCUGAAGACAAUGAAGAUUUUUUGAACCGAGCGAUUGAACUUGAUCGUCCGGUUUUUAAGCAAGCUCAGUUAGAGGAUCCUAACUUACGGGAAGUUCCCCAAGCAUCAACCGGGUUCUCCCCAUUUGAAUUACUGUUUGGCAGACAGCCCCGAGGGUUACUAGACGUCUUGCGGGAAGCAUGGGAGGCAGAACCAGCUAGAGGGGACAGUGUUGCAGAGUAUGUAACUCAACUCCGUGACAGGUUGGGAAAAAUGUCCCAACUAGUGCAGGAACAUUUAAGAAAAGAGCAGUCCCAACAGGAGCGACAGUACAAUCAGGGGGCGAGGGCCCGGGAGUUUAAAGAGGGGGACCGGGUAUUGGUGCUGGUCCCAUCUGACCCCCAUAAGUUUGUAGCAAAAUGGCAGGGGCCAGUGGAAAUAGUGGAGAAGGUAGGACCCGUGAAUUAUAAAGUUCAUCAACCAGGUAAAAGAAAAACCCACCAGAUAUACCACGUUAACUUACUAAAGCCUUGGAAAGAACGAGAGUGCUUGUUUUUUAGAAAUGCUAAGUUAGAGGGGGAGGAUGAAACCCAAGGGGAGCCCAAAGUACCACAAAGACAUAGCAUAUGCAAAGGGGAACACUUGAAUAACCAGCAACAAAAAGAACUUAAUAAAUUGUUGUCCGAUAACUCUGAUGUAUUUUCUGAGGAACCUGGGAUCACACACCUGGGGCAGCACCAAAUCACAACGGAGCCAGGAGUGAAAGUGUGUCAGCGGCAUACACGGGUCCCGGCAGCCAAACGGGUGACCAUGAAGGAGGAGGUGAGAAAAAUGCUGGAGUUGGGUGUUAUUAGAGAAUCGUUUAGUGAUUGGUGCAGCCCGGUGGUAAUGGUUACCAAGCCUGAUGGUUCAAUACGGUUUUGUAUUGAUUUCAGAAAAUUAAAUGCAGUUUCCAAGUUUGAUGCAUACCCGAUGCCUAGAGUGGAUGAACUGCUGGAGCGUGUGGGAAAUGCCCGGUAUAUCUCCACUCUAGAUCUAACCAAAGGUUACUGGCAGGUACCCUUAUCACCGGACUCCUGCGAAAAAACUGCCUUCUCCACUCCUCAGGGUCUCUUUGAAUUUGUGGUUCUCCCCUUUGGCUUGCACGGAGCGCCUGCUACUUUUCAACGGUUGAUGGAUCGGGUCCUCCGUCCUCAUGCUGAGUAUGCUGGAGCCUACUUAGAUGAUGUGGUAGUCUUUAGCCAUGACUGGCCGACACAUCUACAAAGGCUACAGGCGGUAUUAAAUUCCAUUAGGCAGGCAGGGCUCACAGCAAAUCCAAAAAAAUGCAAAUUAGCCUUUUCGGAAACCCAAUAUUUAGGGUACACAAUGGGGCAGGGGUUGGUAAAACCUCAAGAAACUAAAGUUAAUGCCCUGAGGAAUUAUCCUCGUCCCACUACCCAAAGGCAGGUUCGGGCUUUCUUGGGGCUAGCCGGUUAUUACCGGAGAUUUAUUUCGCACUUCGCCACUAGAGCUACACCCCUUACAGAUUUGACCAAAGGCCAUAAAAAUCGGCCCAUCCAGUGGUCCAAAGAGUGUGAGGCGGCGUUUCAGGACUUGAGACAUGCCUUGUUGUCCAGACCAGUCUUAAAGAACCCUGAUUUUAGAAAAGAUUUUAUCUUGCAGACAGAUGCCUCAGGGGUGGGCUUAGGGGCAGUAUUAGCUCAGGACUUUGAUGGGGAAGAACAUCCCAUCAUGUUUCUAAGCCGAAAACUGUUACCUCGAGAACAACGGUAUGCAACGAUAGAAAAGGAAUGUCUAGCAAUCAAGUGGGCUGUAGAAAGCUUAAAAUAUUAUUUGUGGGGACGCCGCUUCACCCUUUAUACAGAUCAUGCCCCGCUGCGCUGGAUGUAUAAGGAGAAGGAUUCAAACCCUCGUCUCACUCGAUGGUUUCUGGCUCUACAGCCCUACUGUUUUGAGGUUAAGCACCGGGCAGGUAAGGAUCAUAUGAAUGCUGACGUGUUGUCAAGAAUCCCUGAAUUGACUUCUUCUUCCUGCUCUAGGAUUAUGCCGAAGCAAAGGGGGAAGGUAUGUGAGCCAUCUCACAGGCCAACCCGCAGGGGGUGCAUAUGGUGGGCCGGAGAGAGGCUGACCGGACCCAGCAAACAGCACAGGAGGGAUCACUGGCAGCUCUGGAACCAGCCUGCAAUGAUCAGGAGGAGAUAAGUGGGCUAUGGGCUACAGGUGCUCAUAUUUAGGGACGUUAAUUAAAAUGAAUAGAUUAGUGAUUGCCUCAAUUGGCCAGCACCUGUAGCCGAUGCAGUUAACAAGCAUCUCCUCCAGCCCAGUGAUAUAAAAAGGCUGAGCAGUCACUAGACAGGGGAUCGUGACUGAGGAGAGAAGGACUGAGCCGUGUUGGAACUUGUUGUUUUGAAAAUAGUUUUUUUUUUUUAAACUACU